AUGGGCUUGCUGAGUAUUCUUAAGAAAGUCAAGGAGAAGGAAAAAGAGAUUCGUGUUCUCAUGUUAGGUCUGGACAACGCCGGCAAGACGACAAUCCUGAAGAAAUAUAUGGGUCAAGACAUUACAGAGAUUUCUCCUACUUUGGGCUUUGAUAUCCAGACUCUUGAGUACAAGGACUUCAAGUUGAAUGUGUGGGACGUCGGUGGUCAGCAGACAAUUCGGUCGUAUUGGCGAAACUACUUUGAGCAGACGGAUGGCCUCGUAUGGGUAGUAGACAGCGCCGAUCGACGAAGACUUGAGGAUUGCAAGCGUGAACUUGAAAAUUUGUUGUCUCAAGAGAAACUAGCUGGUGCAACGGUUCUCAUCUUUGCCAACAAACAAGAUUUGCCUGGUGCUCUCUCUUCUGCAGCAAUUGCAGACGCAUUAGGUCUACACUCAGCUCAGUUUUCUAGUCGACAUUGGAGUAUCAUUUCCUGCAGCGCCGUUACUGGUGACGGUCUCGUUGACGGCAUUGAUUGGCUUGUCGGUGACAUUGCUAGCCGCAUAUUUCUUAUGGAGUAA